AUGAGCUACUGUAGCAGCUACUACGGAGGUCUGGGCUAUGGCUAUGGCUCUGGUUAUGGCUGUGGAUAUGGCAGCUAUCGUGGCCUAGGCUGUAGUUUUGGCAGCUGCGGCUAUGGAGGCUUGGGCUAUGGUAGCUGUGGCUAUGGAGGUCUGGGCCAUGGUGGCUAUGGCUACGGAGGCUAUGGCUAUGGCUGCUGCCGUCCAUCUUGCUGUGGAAGAUAUUCUUCCUGUGGUUUCUAUUGA